AACAGAUAAAAGUUACCAGCUGCCAUCGGCCACACGAUGUGACACACGAUGUGACAGCGCUGGAAGCUUCAAGUCUGAUGCAAGCAUGGACAGCAUGUCGGAGCCACCAGGGCGGAACACAUCCCUCGCUGUACCAAAGACCAGAGAGAACAAGGCACUUGAGCACGCCUCUACUUCAAUGGUCAACCUUCUGGAAGGGUAUGAGCAAUGUCAACCAGUGAAUCCCGUCAAUCCCUUCCAGUCGAACCAACACAAUAGAGUUACUGAUCUCGCAUUCGAGUUCUACAGAACCGACUCUUGUACAAGUCUGCGUAAUCAGCGUCCUCGAAUGAGCCCGUCGCCUUGCAAAACAACCAGAAGCCCAAACUUUCUGCUUCAAAGAGCCAGGCAGCUGAUCACAGACCACAAAGACUUGAAAAGCGAGCGCGAAAGGGGCGGCAACAGGAAAGACAUAAUCUUAGCUGCUUGUGCCAACACAUCUAGGCCUCAAACUCCGACUCCAUUAUCUCGAAUGGCUUACAUUAUGGGACGAGAGGAAAGUCAAUCAUCACCACGCCUUCAAAGUUCUCAGAGUGUAUUCAACUUGAACGCGCAAAGCCUCGGUAAUUCUAUUGCAAGUUGUAGAGAAGAAAGUUCUCAUUCGGUACUCGAAACUGGAGAAAAAUCACAACGAGGUCACUCUAGCGCUUCGCACUCGGGCUCGCCUGGUCAGUCUGCGGAAAAGCCAUUCAUGCUCGUGCCCAAAGUGAUAGUCACUCCGGAAAUCAAAGCUCUGGAGAAUGGAGUUACAUCGCUAUAGGCGGCGGUGCAGCUUUCAACACAGCUUAGCCAUUUCAGCGCACCAAAUCAUCAGUCUAGAAUUUCCCCUCAA